AACCCGCCCUGCACUCGCACACACACCAAAACACCAUCGUGUCAAAUACCAACGAAAGCAACUACUCACUCAGUUUCUUCUUCUUCUUCGUCUUCUUCUCCUGUUGCUGAAUUUCAAUUUCUCAAUUCUCAAUCCCAAGGGGUUUUGCAUGUGUAUGCUGAUGAAGGUGAAAUAAUGCACUCAGUGGCAAUAGUUACUUUUGGAUGCUGGAGAUAAGGCGUGAUGGGCGGUUGCUGCUGUUGUUGUUCUCCUAAGGAGACUGUGUUGAGCGCUCCACCUGCUUACUAUUAUCAGUAUCCAAGAGCAUCUGAGGAGCAUGUUCCUCUAUCGUCUCACCAGGGUGUUCCUUCUGCUUUCUCUGGGCGGCUCUUGGUUGAUACUAAUCUAGAUACUUCAUCUCCCGAUACUUAUAGACCUCCUCCUGCUCCUAUCCCUUUCAAUGUUACCUUAGGUACCACUCAAACUCCACCUGCGGCUCAAGAAAUUCGUAGCGACAAGAAUAAUACAUCCUUGCCUUCUACAAAUUUAAAUGUAAUUCAAGACCCAGUUGCUGGAGAUAAUCAUGGGACCUCAGCUAAGUUGGAAGAGCUGAAGGAAUCAGAGUGCAAAGUUCAGACUGAUCUAGAGCUAGAUUCUGCAAAGGGUUCCGAAAUUGAACUCGCAAAAUCGGGAAAACCUAUAAAUUUAGAAGAGGAGGAUACGUGCCCAAUUUGUUUAGAAGAGUAUGAUGCAGAGAAUCCAAAACUCGCAACAAAAUGUGAUCAUCAUUUUCACCUUGCAUGCAUUCUGGAAUGGAUGGAAAGAAGUGAAACUUGCCCUGUGUGCGACCAGGAUUUGGUUUUCAACCCUCCCAUUGAAUAAUAAAUACGUAGGAGUUCAAAUAUACUGUGUAGUGUUUGAGAAGCAUGGUUACAUAGUCAUGAGUUUAAUAUGGUAGCAACCUGCGUUUGAUUGUUUCGUUUUCUGGGUUUAUUCCAUUUUUUACUCAGAGUCUCCUGCGUUGGAUACAGGAAAUUAUAGGAAAUAUUCUCUUCGCAUAAUUUCUCCAAUUAGAAUCUUUUAUAGUGAUAUCUGGAAACAGCGGUCAAUAUGAUUUCUCUGGUUGUGGAUUGUUAAGACUUGUUAUAUUGUCAAAGAAUGGUAGGAUGUUCUUACUUUGGUUGUACUGCUUUCAUCUUAUGUAAAUAUAUAGGAAUGGGAGUAAUUUUUGCUUGA